AUGGCGUCUCCUGGUGCUUCACCAAGGACGCUAGUGGUGGUCUGCUGCCAUGCUAUCUACCUCGGUCCGUCUACGCCGAACCCUAACGCCGGCAACGACGAACACGCUGAGUGGCUCAUCGAAUCUUUCCAGGCAGGGGAAACGCAGACCUUCAUCCGGCAUAUUGAGGCUGGCGUUACUCAAUUGGGCGAGUGCCUCGGCCAUGGUGAAGAUGCAAUUCUAGUCUUCAGCGGAGGAGCGACGAAAACCCAUCGAGGUUGCUCCAGAACCGAAGGGCAAAGCUAUCUGCAGCCUAAGCACGAGAACGACCCCGGCGUCGGCUCAUCAAUCAUCCAGGACCUUGCACUUGCCCGCGGCCUCUUUGGCUUAGACACAGGCUCGCCAGCGCUACGCCAACGAAUCUUCCCAGAGACAUGGGCUACAGACUCCUAUCAGAACAUCUUACUGUCCCUCAUCCAGUUCCCUCUCUUUGUGCGACAAAGCUCCGCACGGUCGCUGAAGUUCGAAGUGUCGAGCUCCGAUCCUUUGUCUGCGAACGUACCGUCCCGUUCACAAUGGCCUCACAAGCUCAUCAUUGUGUCCCACGAUUUCAAGAAGUCUCGCUUCCUCAACCUGCAUCUUCCAGCCAUUGCAGCUCCGUUAGUAUCUGUCGAGUACAUCGGAAUUGAUCCUCCGCUGGAUGAAGAGGGGCUGGCAAAGCUAGUCGAAGGCGAUCGAAGAAGAGGGUUUGGUGCAUGGAGGGACGAUUUAAAGGGCACUGGAACACUAUUGCAAGGUAAGCGACUGGAAAGAGGUUGGAACGAGGCAGCGUUUGUCGCCGCAGUGGUUGACGAGAAUGAAUUGUGGAGCGAAGAAGAUAAGAGGAGGCUCAAACAGCUUGUUAGAGGCGAGGAAGAUGUGCUAUGGCCUGAGUCCUGGGACGUUGCAGCCUAA